GCAGCCACACCUGCAGUAAUAAUUAGCCUCCAGCCGGUUGAGCUGCUUUGUCGCGCGCCCUGUUUCACACCAGCAACACAACACAUUUCUGUCCAUUGGAGUACACCACACGUUAUUUCGAUUUGUUUUAUUCAUUAUGUCUGAUAAAUUAUAUUAAUAAUGUCAUUGAAUUCACUUGUGUCGUCGUCUCAACGUGCAGCUUCUACGCAACCAGUUUGUUUCUGCUUCCUUCUCUGCUUUUUGUCGCAUUGGAUUUAAAGGCAAAGCAGAGUUGGAAUAUAAAUCUGAGUUGGACAACCAAGUGAUACAUGGUUGCUGCCUUAUACACGUUAGCUGUAUGGUCCAUCGGAAAGGCAUGUCUUUUCAGUGACUCGGACAGUGUCCUAGGCUGAAUUUAAGAUCGAGACAUCCCGGAUAGGAAACCGUCGCACAGUCGGGGACCAAGCUUGGAACUCGUCCCGCUGUCCGGCUGAUCAGAGACAGCUGGGAGCCUCACGAAACAGAGGGACACAGUGAAGGACACAGGGGUCGCCUGUCCAGAUAACCCACCUUGCUGGAUCAUGGGUAACCAACAUGGCAAGGACGGCCACAGCACUACAGGCUCUCCCCUAGAUUUCUUCCACACGCCUCCCACCACACCCUCAGAUUCCGAUCUGUCUGCCAUGGCCUUGUCCUCUACAGCCGCCUCUAAUAAGGCACAGACGCCGUCACCAGCCGGCAGCAGCACCACCCCCUCCACCACUUCUCCAAUUGCAGACUGGACACAGAAGCUGGCUGCUCCCUCAGAAUGGGCCGUUAUAAGCGAGGACAGCAUCACCAGCUCAGAGGCUGUCGUGAGCAAUGCAGAAGCGAGGCACAAGAAGGCAGAGCUCAGCCCGAGCAGCCCCUCGUCUCUGCAUUCGUCCAGAGCAUCGCCAUCAGGGCAGAGCUGGCAGGAUCAGGACAGCGGAGUGGAGCCGCAGGCUGCAGUAGAGAGAGCUGGAGAAGAGAUGACCCUGGUUUUACUCAGUCUGAUGGAGCACUAUAGAGUCUCUCUAAGCCUGAGCCCCAACACUGAUGUAACCACAGGAGCAGUAGAGCUGCUCAGGCGCCUGAUAUCAGAAAAGGAUGAACUGGUUGAUGAGGUGGACGCACUGAGAGAGACACUCAGGACAGAGAGGCUGGAGUGGCGUCAGUUCCAGAGUGACCUGCAGGUAGCAGUGUCUGUGGCCGACCGGCUGCGUGCUGAGUCGGAGCAGGCCAUGGAAUUGCUUCAGGAAAGCCACAGGGCUGUGAAGGAGCAGCUGGAUCAGGCCCUCAGCAGACAGCAGGAAAAGGAGCAAGAGCUGGAGAUUCUGAGAGCUGAGCAGAGAGACGUUCACCUCAAACUGACUGAACUCUCAAAGCAGCAGCAACAGGAGUGGGCCGAGCUUAAAGCCCUGAGGAACACCAGCAGAGUGAAAGAUGUGGCAAACUGUGACAAACAGGCUGAAAGACAAGACUCUGAUGAGGGGCAGGGGGGGGGGAAUACAAAAAGUAAAAGAGGAAAAUCGCAGGGGAGAUAAAGACGAGGUGGAAGCUAAAAACAUUGAAAAGAAAGAGGAGAACGGAACAGAUAAAGAGUUGGAUGCUAAAGUUGUUGAUCAAGAUCUUGAGGAGG